GGCAAAUACUUGAGGGACUAAGAGAAAGUAAUAUUCCCUCGGUACAAAGCCAAGUGUGACCAGCUGCUUCUAACAAACAGAAGCAUUGCUGACGCAAUCAGGCUACAAAAGGCGAGCCCCGAGCCCGCUUUCCCUUAUUCUGUGUCUGACAGUGAGCGCAGCGAUGGUGGAGGAGAAGAAAGGACAAGUUGCCAAGAAGGGCGCGAAGAAAGUGGUGAAGAGGGCGCCAGCGAAAGGCGGUAAGAAACGGAGAAGAUGUAGGAAAGAAAGUUACUGCAUCUACAUCUACAAAGUGAUGAAGCAGGUUCACCCCGACACCGGCAUCUCUUCCAAGGCGAUGAGCAUCAUGAACUCGUUCGUCAGCGAUAUUUUCGAGCGUAUCGCGGGGGAGGCUUCCCGCCUGGCCCAUUACAACAAGCGCAGCACCAUCAGCUCCCGGGAGAUCCAGACCGCGGUGCGGCUGCUGCUGCCCGGGGAGCUGGCCAAGCACGCCGUGUCGGAGGGUACAAAGGCGGUGACCAAGUACACCAGCUCCAAGUGAGACCCCACAUUGUGCAGAGAAAAACACAUCCAAAACCCAACGGCUCUUUUCAGAGCCACCCACAAUUUCAAUGAAGCAGUUGAACCAUUUUUCGUUUGUAAAUGAUUCUCGGUAUCUAUAAUUAAUGUCCCUAAUCUUUAUCUUUGUUUACACAAACGUUCUAAAAAUUAAUGUGCUGGUCCCUGUCCCUUUCUCCGUUACUUUCGGUUGCCUUCCUACCCAGUCUCUCCUCCCUCCCUGCACAGAUGCAUAUUUAUCGUCACUCAGUCAUUUUUUCCAGCACCUACUUUAUGUUCCAGUUAUUAUUUACCCCAUGAUCAGGAAUUUCACCCCCUGGAAAGAAAACUAACUGCUCGAGUCCCACGAACAUAUUUUGCAGAAUACUUGUCAUUGAGGAUUUCAGCUGUGGGUGAGAGGCUUUCAAAAUGAACUGAGAUAAAGCCCGAGCCAGGAUUGCAGUCGCAAGUGUGAAACUGUGUUCAAGGACAAUAUGGGAGGGCAACUUCAAACUAUUGUUUCAAGUUUUAACCCGCUCACCCGGAAGAAAAACGUUGUGUACGUUUUUAUAAAUACAUCAAUGUUAAAGUGAAUUAAAUUCAAAGAA